AUGGCCUCCAACGGAACACCUCACCCCAAGGAGCUGGCUCACAAACCCCUGGCUGAUGGAAUGUACUUUGGCGAGUCACCUCGGUACCACGAUGGCCAGCUCUACAUCAGCGACAUGACCGGCAGGACGAUCUACACCAUCGACGCCGCCACGGGCCAAAAGUCUGUCCUCGUCGAGGUCGAGAACCAGCCCAACGGGAUGUGCUUCACUGACGACGGCGCGCUCAUCUACUCGUCCAUGUUUGACGCCAAGCUCUACCGCUACAAGGACGGCGAGCACGCCCUCUACUCGGACAUGUCGGCCGUCAUGACGGGCUACUGCGGCGACAUGGCCAUCGACGCCGCGGGCCGCGUCUACAUGGACGACACGGGCGCGCGCGUCCUGCACGGCGAGCCGCCCAAGCCGGGCCGCAUGCUGCUCGUGGGCACGGACGGCAAGGUCUCCAUCGCGGCGGACAGCAUCAUCUUCCCCAACGCGUGCAUGAUCUCGCCCGACGGCCGCGCGCUGUACGUCGGCGAGACGUUUGGCUGCGGCCUCCUGCGGUACGACAUCGACCCGGCCACGGGCGCGCUGAGCAACCGGCAGCAGGCCUGGGCGCCGUCCGCGUUGACGGGCAAGACGGACGACGACCCGCGCGUCAGCAUGAUUGGUAUCGACGGCGGGUGCAUGGAUGCCGAAGGAGGGUUAUGGCUGAGCAUGCUGGGUCUCGAGCAGUGGGUGCGACUCGACCCCCAGGGCAAUGUGACGCACCGGAUCAGGACUGAGGGGCAUGCGACGGCGUGUUCGCUCGGCGGCGAGGACGGCAAGACCCUCUUCCUCGUGACCAACUGGGUUCCGGAGGGGGAGAACUUGUUCAAGGCCAUGGUGGCGAAGAGGACUCGGUGUACUGUCAGCACGGCCCGCGUGGAGAUUGGUCGCGGUGCGGCGCGGCCUUGA